AUGGAGCCCGCCGUCAUGGCCAUGCAGACGCUCUGCGAGCGCUCGUGGGAGCUGCGGCCGCUCUGCGAGACGUUACUCGGCCGCCUCGUGGCGAUCUGCGGCUACACGGACCACUUCCGGCCGCCACCGGAGCGCCUGUCGUCCGAAGGGACCGCCCCGGCCGCCACUGCGCUGCAGUGGCCCGUGCAAGUCGAUGCUGCGCUGUCGCGCUUUACGCUGUUGCUCGAGCGCCUCGCCGCGACCGAAAGCGCCGUGUUCCGCCUCGCCGGCGCCCCGUCUUCCGUCUGUGAGCUGCGCGUGCUGCACGUGUGGAUGGACGCGGCGUUCCGCGGGCUGCACGCUGAGCACGUGGACCCGAGCGCCGGCUGGGCGCAGCAGUGGGAAGAAGCGCUCGAGCGCGUGGAGAACGCGCUGCUGGUGGCGGCGCAAGGGCAGAUGGAGCGAGAAGAAGAAGAAGAAGAAGAGGAGGAGCAGCAGCAGCAGCAGCAGCAGCUCAAUCGCAGCUAUGUCAGCAGUCGCGACGGUGCAGCUGAGGAAGAGGAGGGGGAGGAAGAAGAGGCUGCAAAAGAGGGGGAAGCAGAGCUCUUGCCGGAUCAUGAAGAGUCGUUGCGGGUGCUGUUUCGGAGACUGGUUCGUGUCUGCGGCGUCGAGGUGCCCGUGCUGCCGUCGUGGUUCUUAUCGCCUGCUGAAGUAGCUCUUUGCCCUAGCGCGCGGUUCCGCGGCGGGCCACACUGUCAAAUCACAAGUGCUAGCUGGAUGCACAGUCGAGGGCAGCGAUCGAGUGGUGUGCAGCGACUCCUGAUCAAACACUAUGUCGCUGCUAAUGGAGCAGAAGCAGAGCUGGAGACAUCUCUCGCGCAAGCUGUGAAAGCUGUGCAGCGCGAGACUGAACUACUUCGUGACGUGGUGUGCCACCCGCAUGUCCUGCAGUUAGCAGGAGCGUCAACUUUUGGUCUACAGCCAUUUGUGGCAUUCGUGAGUCCAUGGGCAGCUCCGGAGACUGGGACAGCAACGGUGAUAUCGCUGGAAGACUAUCUAUAUCUGUCGGUGGACCAUGGACGUCAGCUCGUGCGCUUGCUUGCCCAAGCUGCUACGGGACUGCAGAGCUUGCACGAAGCAUCGUUGGUACACGGUGACAUUCGCUGCGCGAACAUUUUGGUCGGAGAUGAUGGCCAAGCCAGGCUAUCCAAUCUGCGCUCCUUCUCGCUAUCGCGUGUUGCAGCGGAUUCUGAAGAGGCUCCGCCCUUUGUACCCCAUUCAGGGUCACUCAGGUGGCAGGCGCCGGAGUUACUAAAAGAUCAUCCGAAGGCUGCGUUGGCUUCAGACAUUUACGCGUUUGGAAUGACAUUACUGGAGGCUCUAUCGGAGGACUUACCGUAUGGAUUUCUGUCUGACGAAGAAGUGCGGGGGCGAGUUUUAGCAGGCAAAAUGCCUCCUCCUCCGGUCGGAGCAGAAGAUAAUAUAUGGUCAUUAGUUGAAGCCAUGUGUGAUCCUGAUCAGGCCGCCAGACCUGACAUAAACACAGUUGUGGAGGAGCUACAUGCCUUAGCAGAAGAAGAGCACGAGCGCGAUGGUGAUGACAAGAAUUUCGAAGACGCGUCGAUGCCUGCACUACCGUUACAUCGAGCCUCCAGUGCAGACCACUUACGCAUGGCGGCUUCGCCUUAUUUACCGACGACCAAACCCGCAUCGAAUGCGCCAGAGCUUAUCAGACAGCCGAGUAUCUCUGCAGGCAAUCUAGCAACAAAGUUCGGGGCCAUUGGGUUUUCCGAUCGUGAGCUUCCGGAGUCACUGCGACCGAUUGAAUUUGGAUCAGCAACCGCGACCGUAGCAGUCGUGGAACUGCGCCAAAAAUGGUUGGGGGUGAAGAUUAAUUCGAUCGGGAACCGUGUGGUAGUAAGCAAAUUCUUGCGAACUGAGUCCGGCGCAGCUGGAGAGAUUGAGGCUUCAGGACGCGUGAAGCGUGGUGAUGUCAUCGUUGCGAUCAACGGCCAGAACGUCUGUGGCCUUGACCGCCUUCAAAUCAGUGCUAUUGUCCAAAGCUCGCCUCGGCCUCUUGACAUAUCGUUUAAGCGUGAUCCAUACCUACUGACGGACUCAUUUCGUUUCCGCGGGCUACUUAUCGACCCACGCUGGCGUGAUCGCGGAUCGGCUCUGCCUUUGCCAGGGUCGUUGAGUCACGUACUAACCAGCAGUGGUGAAAGCAUCGAUCACGAGACAGAGGCUAGCAGCGCUACUGAUCCAUUCUCCAUUGAAAUAUGGUUCUCGCUAGCUGAGCUUGGGGAUACGUUUCUAGGCGGUGUUUUGCUAGGAGCUCAAGAUCUACCGUUUCAGGAGACUAGCGAUGCUAGCGGUUGGCCAUACGCCUAUCAGCAGUUGUUUUCCGUCGACCCGUUGGGCAACCUGUGGUGCUCGUUGCUCAACCGUCCUGGUCCGGUAUGUGUGGCUCGUGAGCUGGUGCCUAACCACUGGUAUCAUCUCGUAGCAACGUACGGCGGUGACGCUGGACCGGACUGCGUGGAUUUUACGAGGAAUGACCAGCCGGAGCAACUGCUGACUGUUUACCUGAAUGGAGAGCCGCGUUUGUCGGACACUGGUGCUUUGCUUGAAGAUUGGGCAAAGUUGCGGCACGUGAAUGUCGGGUCAGGCUGUAUCAGCGGUCUCGCGCCAGCCAAACCGGAGCCGCACUUUUCCGGUUGGUUUGGCUUUAGUGGCCUUGUGUUUGACUUGCGCGUGUGGCGGCGCAAAGAGCUCAACAGCUCUCAGGUGCAGCUGCUUUUCCGCGGCAGCAGCGAGUUUGUUGACGAGCCGAGCUAUUCCCUCCGCCACGACUUGCUCAGUGAAGCAAUUGACCAGGGAUCGGACACGAGUGCAAGUAGACGUUCAAGCGCUACUGCAGUUGCCAGGUUACAAGGCCCACCGUUUGCCGAACUCGUGCGCACGACGCGGCCUCGUCAGGUUGGCGCCCACGUGUACAGCUAA